AUGAGUUUGUCGAAGUUUGCUCUUGAUUCUACUGAUUCAAUAACGGAAAAAAAGAGCCAACGUAAUAAAAAGUUAAGGGAGCAAUACGCUGCACUCUCUGCUCAAGAAAAGGAGAUUCGUUUGGCCAAACAGAGAGAGGCAUACCAAAGAAGGAAAUUAAAUAAAUUUUUAGCGCUUCCUGCUCACGAACAAUUGAAACGAGCUGAAAAAUCAGUUAUUGGGGAGACUUUUUGCAUUCACAGUAACCAAGCAAAGGUUGAAGACGAACAAGACCGUCUGGCAAAAAAGAAGGAAAUGCGUCGACAGAAACAGAGAGAGGCUUAUCAUAAGAAAAAAUUACGCCUAUCUUUUGAUACUCAUACAUCAAAAGAUACUGCAGAAAUUAUCGAUACUGCUCCUGCUACUGCAUUAACUGCUACCGUGAGUACCAAUUGCCUGUCGAGUGAAGAUCCAGAAAAUCUUCAAAAAAUGGAGAGUGCCACUUCUACGGCAGACAACAUAUUAUCUGCUAAAAUGCCAUCUCUAGAAAUUCUCCAAAAAAUGGAAAGUGUCAUUCCUGCUACAAACAACAUAUUAUUUGCUGAAGUACCACUUAAUUCUGGAUUAGUUAUUGAAAAGCCAGUUGACACUAAUGCAAAAGUAUUCUCAGAGACGAAUGUAUCCCAGUCAAACAACAAUGACAAAUGUGAAAAACACGUCACUGCUUUCUCAAGUUAUGACAAAGGAUCCUCCUCAAAUACAAAGUCCAGUGAUAAGUACAUAUGCUCUGGAAACUCUGCUACUCAUUGUUCAGAUGAACGUCGACUAUGCUCUGGUUGUUAUAAUUUUCUAUCUCAAAGCCUGCAGGAAUUAUUAGGUUCCACAUAUUUGAUUAUUUGA